UUGUCUCUGUCUCCUUACCGGAGAGAGACUCCAGCCAAGGCUGUGGGGACAGAGGGAAGGGACAGGGGAAGGGGCACACCCUGGCAGGCCUGGCAAUCUCAGCAGCCCCUGGUGGGAGGCUCCUCGUCCCCUGCUGUGAACCCCAGGCGGUACCUGCAGCCCCACUUCCUUCCUUAGGCCCUGGGAGAGGCGGCUCUCGGAAGCCUCCCACGCACAGUUCCCGUUCCCAUCCCUAGCUCCCAGGGAAGGCAAACAGGAUUCCCACCACCAGGUGGUUGAAAACCAGCCCCGCUGACAAAGAGUUAAGUCGGCCCUCCUAGCAACUCCAAAAAACCAAGUUUAGGCGGCGCGACAGCAAAAUCAAGCAGUUGGUUAGCAAAGGGAUUCGGUGCAGAUGGAUGGACCGUCUGGGCUACGGAGCCCACGGGCCUGAAACGCAGUCGCUCCUGACCCGUCCUCCGCAACCCUCGUCCCACCGGGCCGCGGUCCCCGGAGCAGGCCGGCGGGUGGCGGGAAGACACCAGGCUGCAGGGGGCUGGAGAAGCAACACCCUUCUCCCUCCCCGCCAGAGAACUGGAGCGCGGGGACCUCUGCUGCGGAUGCUGGCGGCGAGCCGGGUUGCUAGGCGACAUUGAGAGAGGAAGAGGAGAAAGUCUUCAUGGGGUGCUAGAGCAUCUUAAAUGUCCCUCUCAUGCAGGGACAGUUCCCUGCUAAACGAAGAGAAGGCGGACCUCGGCGAGGGACCUGUGGUCAGCAGCAGCUUCUGGUGAGCCCCCGCUUCCUCCGAGCCUGGCACCCACCUCCCGUCUCAGCCAGGAUGCCAACGAGGCGCUGGGCCCCGGGCACCCAGUGUAUCACCAAAUGCGAGCACACCCGCCCCAAGCCAGGGGAGCUGGCAUUCCGCAAGGGCGACGUGGUCACCAUCCUGGAGGCCUGCGAGAACAAGAGCUGGUACCGCGUCAAGCACCACACCAGUGGACAGGAAGGGCUGCUGGCAGCUGGGGCGCUGCGGGAGCGGGAGGCCCUCUCCACAGACCCCAAGCUCAGUCUCAUGCCGUGGUUCCACGGGAAGAUCUCGGGCCAGGAGGCUGUCCAGCAGCUGCAGCCACCCGAGGACGGGCUGUUCCUGGUGCGGGAGUCUGCGCGCCACCCCGGCGACUACGUCCUGUGCGUGAGCUUUGGCCGUGACGUCAUCCACUACCGCGUGCUGCACCGCGACGGCCACCUCACAAUCGAUGAGGCCGUGUUCUUCUGCAACCUCAUGGACAUGGUGGAGCAUUACAGCAAGGACAAGGGCGCUAUCUGCACCAAGCUGGUGAGACCAAAGCGGAAACACGGGACCAAGUCGGCCGAGGAGGAGCUGGCCAGGGCGGGCUGGUUACUGAACCUGCAGCAUUUGACAUUGGGAGCGCAGAUCGGAGAGGGAGAGUUUGGAGCCGUCCUGCAGGGUGAGUACCUGGGGCAAAAGGUGGCCGUGAAGAAUAUCAAGUGCGAUGUGACAGCCCAGGCCUUCCUGGACGAGACGGCCGUCAUGACGAAGAUGCAGCACAAGAACCUGGUGCGUCUCCUGGGCGUGAUCCUGCACCAGGGGCUGUACAUUGUCAUGGAGCACGUGAGCAAGGGCAACCUGGUGAACUUUCUGCGGACCCGGGGCCGAGCCCUCGUGAACACCGCUCAGCUCCUGCAGUUUUCUCUGCACGUGGCCGAGGGCAUGGAGUACCUGGAGAGCAAGAAGCUUGUGCACCGCGACCUGGCCGCCCGCAACAUCCUGGUCUCCGAGGACCUGGUGGCCAAGGUCAGCGACUUUGGCCUGGCCAAAGCAGAACGGAAGGGGCUGGACUCAAGCCGGCUGCCCGUCAAGUGGACGGCGCCUGAGGCUCUCAAACACGGGAAGUUCACCAGCAAGUCGGAUGUCUGGAGUUUUGGGGUGCUGCUCUGGGAGGUCUUCUCAUAUGGACGGGCUCCGUACCCUAAAAUGUCACUGAAGGAGGUGUCGGAGGCCGUGGAAAAGGGGUACCGCAUGGAGCCCCCUGAGGGCUGUCCAGGCCCCGUGCACGUCCUCAUGAGCAGCUGCUGGGAGGCAGAGCCUGCCCGCCGGCCACCCUUCCGCAAGCUGGCCGAGAAGCUGGCCCGGGAGCUACGCAGUGCAGGCGCCCCAGCCUCUGUCUCAGGGCAGGACGCCGACGGCUCCACCUCUCCCCGAAGCCAGGAGCCCUGACCCCACCCGGUGGGGCCCUUGGCCCCAGAGGACCAAGAGAGUGGAGAGUGCGGCGUGGGGGCACUGGCCAGGCCCAAGGAGGGUCCAGGCCGGCAAGGCAUCCUCCUGAUGCCCAAGGCAGGGGCUGGCCCGCGUAGGGGGCUCUGGGCGGCCCGUGGACACCCCAGACCUGCAAAGGAUGAUCGCCCGAUAAAGACGGAUUCCAAGGA